AUGGCUGGAACUAGUGGCAAGCGUGUGAAGCAAGUGAGUGAGGACGAGGCAAUACCUUCGGGGAUCAUCACUGACGUCCUAUCGCGUCUUCCCGUACAAGCUAUCAGGUCAUACCGUACCGUGAGCAAGAACUGGCAUGACUCUAUGACAAACAAGUUCUUCGCAAGGAUGCAGUUUGCUCGAUCAAGUGUGAAUCCUUCAUAUUUCGUAUGUCCAGUAAUGGCUGAAAAGAUGAAGGUUUAUUCGAUGAAUCCAGAGAGUUUCAACCUUCGUUACUUGAACACAAUUGAUCCUCAGAAGAGAAGCCAACAUGACUUUAUGUACACGAUAGCUUCCUUCAAUGGACUUCUCUGUUGUAUUAAUCUCCUCACUGAAGAAGACACUGAAGAAGACGAUGAUAUCGAUCUGCAGAUUUGGAUAGUCAACCCUUGUAUGGGGGAGACUCUUCUUCUUCCUCAAGGGACACCACCCUCGUUUGGUUUUGUGCCUAAUGUUGGAGUAGCUUAUGUUGGGAGCGAGUACAAAGUGUUCCGCAUCUUCUGCGCUGGUAAAGAAAUGGCAGGGUAUCGAUUUGAGUGUGAGGUUUAUUCGUCCAGCAGUGGUUCUUGGAGAAACAUUGGCACGGUGCCUUGUGUUCCGAUGGGGAUUCUUGUUCCAUUCAAGUCUCGGCAUGUUUUCGUCGCAGGAAAGAUCUACUGGCUGUCUUGCUUGGAUGCUCCCGGUAAAGUCCUCUCUGUGGAUUGGGAAGGGAGAUUCGAUGUGAUUCCGUUGCCUAAGUAUGAUCCGAAUCUAAGAUACGAAGACAGCCUAACUGAAGUGUCUCAUCUUCUCAAUCUGCGAGGAUGUCUUGCAUUAUUUGUGCAACAUGUUGAGUACAUGGAUAUAUGGACUUGGAAGGAAGACAUCGAACCAUCUGGUGAUUGGGUAUUGGAAUAUGUGGAUUACGCACCAAUCGGUGACUUUGACUUGGUUUUUGCCGUGACUUCGUUAAAGAACCAUAUCCUGUGCUUGACUGACAAUCACUGGUGUUGUUAUGAUGUGGAUACUGGAAAAUGGAACAAGAAAAGGGUGAAGAAGCCAUUGUCGAAUCCUAGUGUCUUCCCUUUCACUGAGAGUGUCCUGCCAUGCGAUGGGAGCGUGACGCUGUAG